UGCAUCAGACAGAUUGAUUAAAAAAAAAACUUGACAUUUGGACGUUUAAUCUAUCCAUGCUACGUCAUUUUAUUCAAAAUGGCGCUGGGGGUGCAUUGCGGUGUUUCCGCAGAAACAAGUAGCCAAGAAUUAUGAUUAUAAUGCACCCAAAGACUUUAAAACAAUGAUAGUGAGUGCGUCUUGGUAGUGUUCGUGUUCUAAACAUAUACCUGCCCUUACAGUUAGUCAGAGUUCUUUACACGUGUUUACAUCGUAAUGCUGCGGAGAGUUAACUUUUAUUCGAUAUGUUUCGCAUUCGGCCUCAGUGUAUUGUUAAUUCUUGCUGGAAGUCGAUAUACAGAUAACACGAAUAACCGUCCAUACCCAGAAAGUCGCAGGAAUAUAAGGAACUUCCUGAGGAUUGAGGAUGGAGAAGAACUAUUUCCGCAGCCCAUUCCGACGAACCCUUACGACGGGUCACCGAACAUUGACAAAAUAUUGGAGAAGGCUAGAGGAAAGAUUAAACUUGAGUUAUCAAAUUACAAUUUCACACAUUCAGGGGCAAAAAAAUUGGAGGACUUGCUUUUGGAAUCGGGGGGUAAGCCUCUGCGGAGCCUCAUUAUAUCGACAUGGAGGUCUGGCACAACGUUUUUGGGUGAUAUUUUGAAUGCAGUGCCUGGAAAUUUUUACCACUAUGAGCCAUUUUUGAGCUACGAUAUAAUUCAGAUCAGAGGCCCACCACAGGCAGACAAAGCAUUAAGCACUAUCAAGGGCAUGCUCAACUGUGACUUUAAAAACAUGGAAGACUAUUUUACAUACGGGAAGAGUCACUUGCACCAGUUUAGCCACAACACAAGAUUAUGGGACCACUGUAAAUAUAAGAAAGAGCUGUGUUCUGAUGCUGAAUUCACUUCUAGGUUUUGUAGAUUGUUCCCUUUCCAAAGUAUGAAGAUUGUGCGGCUGCGGCUAAGAUUGGUGCAGGACAUUCUGGAAGACCAUGAGCUUAAUGUAAAAGUGGUGCUGUUGAUCCGCGACCCACGUGGGGUCAUGCAGUCACGGCAGCACCGUGGCUUCUGCCUACCAGCUCCGGACUGCUGGCAGCCUAAAUUGCUCUGCGCUGAUAUGAUAAGCGACUAUGUAGCUGCCGGAAGGCUGCAGCAGCAAUAUCCAAACAGGCUCAUGGUACUGCGCUACGAAGAGUUGGCCCUGGAGCCCACUACUACGACGCUCCGGCUGUUCAAGUUCCUAGGGCUCAGCCUGACGCCCGCCGUCGACGAGUUCCUACACUCGCACACCAAUAUCGAGGUGGCCGGCGUCAGCUCCACUUUCAGAGUGUCCCGUGAAGUUCCGUUCCGGUGGAAGAACGCUCUGGAGUUUGACUACGUUGAGGAGAUCCAGAUGGCAUGCAAGGAGGCUAUGGAGCUUUGGGGGUACCGCAUGGCGUACAACGAGUCCCACAUGGCUAGCAAAGAGUUUUACCCCUUAGAAAGAUACUCAAUCACACAAUGAUAUUACGUAACCCAUGAGCAAAAGGAAGAAUAAUUAUAGUUAUUUCACGUUGUUGAUAUACAAAUUGGUAAUGUAUAAUUUUAUUUAUUUAGCUGGUAAUGAAAGGCGCAGCGCCGGCCUAGUCAAGCGCGUCAUGUUAAAGCAAAUCUCAGUCAGGUGUCUUCCCUAAAUAUCUCUAAAGCAAGUACUAGUUUUCUAAAGGCACAUCUAGUGUACGUGCUAAAAGUCUUUGAGUUAUAAUUUUGUGGUUUACUUACAUGUUGUAGUUAUUGUUUGGUUAGUGAAUUGUAGUAAUGAAAUUUAAUGAAAUUCUCUUAGUGGAGGUGACUCAAACCGACGAAUUUUUCACGAAGGAACAUUCCAGAUUGUUGCUAUUGCAAAUAUGAUCAGCUAGAAAAUGAAAUAACAAAAAUAGUAGUUCUCAUUACUAAACCAGUAUUACUAAACCGUCUAGAAUAAUAUUAUUUUAAAGGACACUUUAGUUUGUGCCCGAGUACAUAUACACCAGUAACUAACCGAAUAAAUUGAUGUCUUGAUGGAAACAAGGACAUAAGUAAAUAACAGGUAUUACGGUUGGGUAUAUAGGUAGUGGUGAUAGUGAGGUAGUUUUCCUAUAAUUUAUCUGCAAAUUCGGUCAGGGUUAAUAAACAUGUUUAUUCGGUUGGUUCCAUAAAUUCAACAUAUGCAAAGGGCACUCAACGCCAUUCAUACUUAUAUUUUCUGAAGACUGAAUGCAUUUCCAGCGUUAGUCCUUACUCUUCCAAAUAUUAUACUAACAAUUUAAUUAGCUCAGUAGAAUGUUUGCGCUUUAAAAUCGACUCCAGUAAUGUCAUGAAGUAAUGUCAUGAAGUAAUGUUAUGUGUAAUUAGUGAGCUCAGGUUGUGUACAACACCGCGGUGUGUCGUUAUAUCCAAAUGUAAAAGAUGGACCAUUUAAAUUACGAGAGGUCAAAAUUGCUUGAUUAAUCAAUAUGGUAAUAUAGGUAAAAGAAAUGUAUACAAGUACAUGUGUAUGAGCAAUUUUUGUCUCUUCUACUUAAUGCAUUUUAAUUACGAAUAAGCUUAGGCAUUAGCACUCACGGAAUUGACGAAAUGUUAAUGCUUCCAGUUAAGACACUGUAUUAUAAUUAGAGAGCGUUAUUGUACGAACAAGUGGUUUCGACCCUUAGAGCAUUUAGUAACUGGAGAUGUCAUCGCUGUCAUUUUCUUUACGAAUUUGCAGGGGAGGGGACGUCAAAUGUAUUGCGAUUUCUACAUGAUUUGUAUGUAACGUACAAAUAGCCGUGUCAGUCCAUACAAAAGAUUGCACAAUUGUGCAGGUUUUUCGGCAGAGGGGUAAGCUCUUAAUGGCCAUUCCAGUUAUUAAAUGCUCUAAGCUUCGACCAGCCAGUAACGUUAGACAGGGGACGGGCGGGCGCGUUUUGCGCUCGCCUAGUGUGAUACGUUUACAUUUAUAUUGUGGCUUUUCAAACUAGAGAAUAUUCGGUUACGCUACUCGAAACACCAACUCGCUAAGUGCUUACUUUAUUAAACACUUGGUGAAAUAACAAGUACUACUACAUUGUCCGGAACUCGCGUGUCCGUGUCGGAUCAAAUGAUAAAGAAAGCUGAAUAAUCUCCGUCCAUGAGAUAAAUACGAUCGUCGAUAUCAAAACCCCGAAGUUUCGAACUGACGAUUCCGGGCCCUCGUAAUAUAUGUAAUAUUACGAGAUAUUUCACAUUCACUCAAAAAUACACGUUAUUAAGAAUCACUUGCACAGUGGGUACCUAAAAGUGGCGGUGCGCCAAUAGUAUUCGUCGGGAAGCGGCGACUUUUAUUCAUGAGGUGUAAUAAAAAUACGCAACUGGCUGAAAAUUAGGCAAGCCUGUAGGAAUCGAGUUCUAUUAGCGCUCCGCUGCCGGUACCUAAUAGACUUAACAUUCACGAUUUGGAUGAGUGUUAUUUGUAAACCGCAAGCGGGUUGAUUUUGAAUUUAAGUCGCUUGGUUUUUAAAGGUGUUUGACUAAUAAAUAGUUAAGUAGUAAAAUAAUUGGAUUUACAGUGAAAUAUAAAAUAUAACAUGGUGUCAUAUCGUUUUUCGGGACGCCAGCGAUCACGCUCUAAGUCCCCGACCGCGACUUGUCCCGCGCGUCGAAAACGCAACAAAUGGAACUAAUCUAAACGUAGUGAGAUUCAUUAAGUGCACUUGUUUGUAAGGUAGCUACCUAUAGGUCUAACGAUUGAAACGUUGAUGCUAAAUUUGAAUGUAUUACUUUUCGCGAGUCUUUGGUAUUUGAGGUAGGAAAGUAAAAAGUCAUUUUAUGUUUUAUCUUUAAUAAUAUACAUUGGAAAUAAAUGCAAGUAAUAGAUUAGUUAUAGAUUAAUGAUAAUCCUAAAUCCUAACCAUGAACGCACGCGCAACAUUACAUUAGUAUAAAGAUCAAAUAGGUACUGAAGUAAGCAUUUAAAAGUAUUGGCUACGAACAUUCUGCGAAGACUCGUCUUUACGUAAUUAUAUUAAAUAGCAUAAAAAUAAAAUAGCAUAGGUAUAUUGAAGUCCCGUUGAUUACAAAGCCUUAUGUUCACUUAUUAGAAGUACUUAUAUUGGGCUUAUGCAGUCUAUUUUCAAAAAUUAACAUUCAUAUGUUUGUAUAACAUUCUCAUUGUUAAAUCGUUGCGGUACGACUUGGAAUAAACAGCAAAUCUAAUAAACAUAACUUACGGGCAGUGUAAAGUUCACCCAGGAUCAGUUUUUAAUCAUCCUUGAAAACACAGAUUCUUAAACUGUUCAGUGAAGACUGGCCAUUAAGAAUUUCUGGUUGCUGACUUAGUUGUAGUUUUUAAGUCUGCUAUAGGCGACACCGCAGUUUAAUACAGUGUGUAAAUCCAAAACGGGCAAUAAAUCAAACCAGACUUAUGGCGUUACUCAUAAAAGAGCGUAACGAGAUACUAGCUUUUUAUAGUAACAGUAAACUAAACUGCCAACAAGCGUUGACAUUUAUUAUACUCCAGUAACUUUGUCGAAUUUUGUAACCUGGCUCUUUUGCGUCAAAUCCGGUAGUUCUGAUUUUUUGCAAACUUAUUUAUGAUGUUGACCCAAUGAAUAAUACAAGUUUGUGACUUCGAGCGCCGAACGCAACUUUGUCAAAUAUCGAAAAACCCGCGAAAAUUUCGGUUUUCUUUUAGAUUUGGGCGAUUAUAACCCUAAAGGACUAGUUUUUGAUAGUGCCUUCUCAGGGCGUUUUUAAAGUGGACUAGAUUGGCUACAGUACGAGACUAGAAUUGUCUCUGUACAUUUAAUAGUUUCCGAGAUAAAGCCUUUCAAAGUUUAUAAUUUUUUGGAACUUCGUAGGCUAAGUAAGUGCAGUGAGUAUGCACUUUAGUCUCAGGCGAUGCCGCUUGGCACAAUUGUUUCUAAGGUCAAACAAACCUGAUUUGAGCCGGUAGACACGAGAUCGUACCGUGCCUACCCCCAAAAAAAGGGGGGGAAAUGGACGGCUCCCCAGGUGCAAUCUAUGCUAUAUUUCUUGCUGCUCUUAGCAACUGGGGCAAGUUAUAUAUCAACUUCGUUCGGCGCUCGAAGUCACAAACUUGUAUUAUUCAUUGGGCCAACAUCAUAAACACGUCUGCAAAAAAUCAGAACUACCGGAUUUAAUGCAAACGAAAUGUAUAAAAUUAGUGUAUUAUUAUACUUAAUUCUUUAUUUAUUUUAAUUCUUGGGCUAGGUGAUUUAUAAUAUGAAUAUAAAAGUAAAAUAAUAAAACACUUACAAAACAAUAAAAAAUACAUAUAAACACAUUAUAAAAAACCUAACCUAGGGUGCCGCUGGCAGCGGGGCUUGGCCCAAGCUGCCGGUGGUCAGGGUCGCAGAGUGAGGAACCGACGUACUAUACGCGCCGUGUCCAAAAUUACCGCCUUCUGCAUCUGACCCUUCAUCCAACCACCCAGCGAGAGUCUCUCUAGGUGUUGGUCGAGACUCUUCGCUAUGAGACCGUUCGCUGACACACGCAUUAUUAUACUUAUUAUUAAAAGCUCGUAACUUGUGUGAUGUUUUACAUUUUGGGCCGAAUUAUUUUUUAAUAUUGUAAUUGUAUUUCUAAGCAAAAUUUGUCUCAAUAUACUUCUUAGGUCCUAUACUAACCGACGUUUAAAGGUUUUCCCGUAUUGAAUUUACACACCGUAUACCUAAAUUAUUAUUCAGUUUUAACAAGUCUCACAUUGUAACUGAAGUGUUAUCUAAGAUUAUACUUGUUAAAUAAUAACUAAACACUUCUUGGGCAGCUUGCCAUAAUACCUAAAUAUAAGGCACUUUUAAUCAAUAUUAAACUUUCGUGAGACAUAUUUUAAAAUGUUUAUACGUCAACGGUUUCACUCACUUGAAUUUUUAGUCGCUAUUGGCGACACGUUUCGGUCCCGUCGGGGGUCCUUCCUCAGGUUCGAGUGUUCGCGGCGACUGCAACGGGUCGCCAAUAGCGACUAAAAAUUCAGUGAAACCGUUGUCGUAUAAACAUUAUUAGGCACAUUUAAUGAAUAGGCUGGGGACCAUACAGAGCGAGCAGCCUCGCGAAGAAAUUUUAGCGCGAGACAAACGGCCAGUGACACAGAUAUUUCGGAGACGCCACCUCAUAUCCGCGCCUUUCGUCAGAGAGCAACGAUACCGCAUUGCCGGCUGUAACAUGCGGUUAGUGAAUACAUCAUAAAGAGUUUAUAAUAUGUAACUGUACAUAAUUAGGCAUUAAAACCAUCAUGUGGUCUUUUUAAGUAACUCGCUUCGUUCGUUUCUUAAACCCAUAGGUAGGUACCUACUCGUUUUUUAAUGUCUUUCAUUAUGUAGCAGUCAUUGCAUAAACUACUAAUGUAUGCGUCCAAAAUUCGUCUUCAUUCCCUGACGGUUCUCGGUAGAGCCGAUUUCCGUAUUGUGAUCGGUAUGUAUAUACUUGUCGCAACCAAAAUUUCCUAAGGCUUGUUUGUUUUCGUGAUUCGUCGUUCGUUCGUCGUCGAUCGUUUGCGAUGCUCGCUCUGUGUGGACCCGCCAAAUGGACUAUAGUCAUAAUAGAUUUAGUGCAUUUACACACGUAAAUGGAAAGGCCGGCUUAAGUUAAUUUUUCCUUAGCUUAAUUAUUCGUAAUUAAAUAUAAUUCAUAAAAUACAAUAAUUCUAUACUCGAACAAUUAAGAUACUGAUUAAUAAUAAGAAUAAGCAUGCGUUCCGCAAUCUUCCGAAACCCCGGUUCUUAAACAUAUUAUGUAUUUGCGCCAUAUGAAGGUCAAUUGUUGAACAAAACUUUAACUAUAGCCUGGACUGAUAGAAAUUAGAAUGAGUGUCAACAAAUAAAUUUAUUUGUAUUACUCCGUAAGCUCUGACCUUGUACCUAAGGACAAUAUUUAUCCUAUCAAUAUUUUUUAUAAUAGUAAUCAUAGAUAAAAUAAAUGGUAAGUUUAGACAUUUAUUUUACUAUUAAUUAAACGCCUGUUAAUUAUGUACAUUUAAAUAAAAAAAAUAUUUUAUUUUGUCAAAUGCAAGUCAAUUCAGGUUCUCUAUCACUCAAAUAUCCAAGAGCAUUAAUGAGGCGAUAACUAGAUGUCUAGUUUCGAUGUGACCCUGUGUCUGUUUUUCUAUCUGUCCUGGCUAUGAAAGGACGAAUCAACUUUUUCUUGUUACUUGUUGCGAUGGCUCUCUUUAAACUCUGUGGCGUUAUGGUAGGUAUUUAAAUUAACUACAAGCAUCUGCCAAGCAUGUUGGUAGAACGCGUUAGUACAGUUCUAACAAACUUUGCGACUAUUGUCCCCUGGCUGAUGAGGCGGAAUAACAACAAGUAAUAGUUGAUCCACCCAUUCCUUAAAUACAUUAAGUAGUAGGUCAGUACCUAGCUUUUCUACGUAUUUGCGAAAUUGGAACAGGGGGCCGAUUUUUGAAUUUCGACCGCUCGAUUUCGUUCAAUAAUAUCUCCACUAUUAGGCAUUAAAAUUCUACUAAUAGAAUUGAAAACGAGUGGUCAAUACCACAAUUAUUCCCAAUUUCCGUCGCUUGUAUUUCAAAAAUUAGCAUUUUGCCGUUUUCCACCGAUUUGCGAGUGACGAAUUCGAGCUAUGAAAAAUCAAUCGGAUUCAAAAAUCUCCCCCCCCAGACCUUCGAUAGGCAUGUUUGUCAUAGUUUAUACUCUUAUGCAUAUUAGAGUGGGAAAUUUCUUUAAAUCCAGGUUCUUAAAUGGUAUUAUUACCCAUACAACGUGCCCCUAACCUCCUAACGUACAUUAAACGUACAUAUAAAUUAAGGUAUUUUUAUCUUGUAUACUAAGUAUUAUAACAUUUAUAACAAUCUUUCAAUAUUUAAGGAGAAAUUAACCAUCUUCGUUUAUUUGCCCUAGAGCAGCUGUUAAUCUGAGGAAUUGGCACAUGGCAAUUUAAUGAGACUUCAUAACACUUCAGGUUAUGCAACCUCAUUAAAUAAUAGGUAUAUAUGUAUAUGUAUUAAGUCUUCUGUUAUGUAUGAUUUAUUUGUGACCAUAUUAAUAGAGGCAUAGGAAAGACUGAUGCUGAUUAGUUUGGAAUUAAGUUCGUUAGAAAAGUGAGCCCUUUUAAUCUUAUUAACACAAUCGAUUGAAAAAUAUUUCUGUGGGGAUGAGAUUUCGGCUUUUGGCCGAAGGCUCAUGUGUACUCGUAUAUUCAGUGAAAAGUAUAGAAGUCCUAAAGGCGGCCAUGCCUACGAAAUUAUCCCAAAAGUUAGCAAUACAUAUAUGUAUACAUACAAGAUAACGAAGAUGUGGCUGACAACAGUAACUGAUUCGGAGAAUGGCCAUUUGUUGUCCUGCUAAGUUUUUUACCUAGUAGUUACUACUUUUUUAGCUAAAAUUAGCCUAAAGUACUCUGCGCUAUGGCUCAAUCCGAUUUUGGACAGUAUUUUGUUAAUAAUAGGCAUUUCUGAUCGAGCAUGUAGAAAAAAUAUCUACAAAUCAAUAAUUCAAUUCUUGGUUCAAGUAUUGACUAUAUAUUUAGUUGUAAACCCACUCCGUACAGGAGUAGAGGAAUCUAUAAAACAUAAGUAGGAAGUUGUUUGCAUAAAUUAUAAAUAUUAAGUAUUAUACAUGAUUCUGGCGUUAGGGCUGUGCGUUCCGAACGGGCGUGAAAAGUAUGACUGGCCUUGAUCUCAUUGAUCUGCCGCUCAUCGCCCCGCCGAUCGCGUGCAUCCACUCCGCGGCCUUAUACAUAUUUGGUGAUUCAUGUCUGGCUACAUAAUAUCUUAACAGCUCGAGUGCUCAAAUAGAAAAAAAAACCUUAUACAGGGCGAGUUUUAAGUUUUGAAAGUUAAUAUGUAAUCAGUGUUUCCACCUGUGUUCAUUGCUGCCUACAAUCAAAGAAAGACAACCAACUUGAAAACAUUAAAUUUAGUUAUAUGAUGUUUCAGGACUAUGUAGCAUUUCGCGAUAUUUUAGGUGACUCUAAAAGCUAAUAAUACCUACUGCCAUUAUUAGCUGUUAGUGUCGCAAACGAGACAAUAUUUCGCUUAAUGCAUUGCCCUUUAAGUAAUGUGUAUGUGUUUACGAAGUAAUACAACAAAGUCAAUAAAAAGCCAUCAAUUACUAAUUAAGAGAACAUGCUUCCUAAUAGAUCUGACAAUAUAAUAAAAUAUUAUGUUAUGCCUUAACGAAAUACUGGUAGUGAUAUAGUUAAGAUGUUUUUAUUGAAUUGCAUGUUAGAGACUAUAUAUUAUACACUCAUAAUUAUUUAGUGACGCCGUUCUAGGAGCUGGCUGGAACCAGUGUAGAUUUUUUAUCAUAUCAUUAGCAUAUCAUAAGGUACUGAUUAUACACGAAGUGAGUGAGCUGAUCACGAUAAACUUUCGCUUGCGCCUAUUAUGAGGAAUUUAUUCAGUAAGCUGAUGUACUACGCUUAUAUUGGCUAUUACUUUACGUAUUCUUGUAAUGCUCCUAUGUUUAAUAAUUAAUUCUAUAUUUUGUUAUGUUUUAAGAUUUUAUUAGGCUAAAGUAAAUUAAUUUUCUCAAUAGUAGCAGAUACUUACCUACUCGAAAUUUAGAUCAAGAAUACUAUUGUUCAAAAUUGCUUAUUAUUUAAGAUUAUCUUUAGAUGACAUUGUAAGCAAUAAAAUAUUAAAUUACACGAAAAGUUCAGCCCAUUUGAUUGAAAGCGGUAGAAUUUAAGGGUAGCCUUAUUAGUGUAAGAGUUAAUCGAGUGAUUAAAAUGUUAAAAGUUAUACUCAUUAGGUAGGUAGGUAUAGCACGGCGGCAUUACUCAUUGCAAAAAUUGUAUUCAUUAUCUUUUUGUCUUAAGUUUUUAAGUUACAAUAAAUGGAUGAGCCGUUCAAA